AUGGACUCGCCAUGGCUCUUUUCUCCUGAUUUGAUAGUUCUCGGCCUCUUCCUUAUAUUCUCCAUUGCUUUCUUAGCUCAUUCCGGGGCUUUCUCUAAUAUUGCUCGCGCGCUGAUCCAUGGAAACCUCGCCCUGCAGGAUGGGCCCUUUUCAUUGCGAAAGGCAGCUUCUUCUUACGAGAACUACCGUAAAUUGUCGACGAAUGAAUCUUCUCGCAUGAGGGUGGCAUCUUCCUCAAUCCUCCGAUCCCAGCGACGUCUAGUCCACCAACUUGGCUACUCGCAGAAGCUCGACGCUCUAGACGCGUCAAUCCACGCCAACGCCGCACUCACUGAAAAAAUCGCCCGUCUAGCACAUCAUGAUUAUCCUGCGAGCUUUCCAAUAACGUCUUCUUUUCCCCAAAAGAGUAAUGCACUAUCCGGCGAUGUGGGACGUGUACGCGAGGCGUUGAAGCAUUUUGUGCGUGAUUGGAGCCAGGAAGGGAGCCAGGAGAGGGAGAAGAUGUUCUCUCAUAUACUCGAAGUGCUGGAGCGCGUCCCCGGCGAUGAGCGGAAGGAGCAGAGGGUCCUUGUCCCCGGUGCUGGGCUCGGACGCCUGGCAUGGGAGAUAUUACAACUCGGCUACGACACUACGGCAAACGAACUCUCAUACUACAUGAUCCUUGCUUUUCGUUUUCUACUCUCCCCCACCGCUACGAAUCGAGUGAAUCAACACACCAUCCAGCCCUACUCCCACUGGUUCUCCCACCAGAAAUCCAACAACGCUUUAUUUCGAAGCAUCGCAUUUCCUGACGCUUUACCGCGACUCUCGCCUGCCUUCCACCUCCUUGAAGAGGACUUUCUCCUCCUCCAACCCCCGUCACCGACAUCACCUUCUCCUCACGCUUUCUAUUCUUCCGAGGAAAUCACAUCCCUCGACGCAGGGUACGACUAUAUCGUCACGCUCUUCUUCAUCGACACCUCCCUCAACGUCAUAUCAACCAUCCAGCAUAUUCACGCCCUGCUCCGCCCGGGUGGCACAUAG